GAUUAUACAAAGAAACUCUUUAUUUACUUUUCGUUAAAAUCAGAAUCUCGCGUAGGGAUAAAGCCGAUAAAGUCGAGGUAUUGUGUUCAGUAUUUCAUGACCACGGAUAUCGAUACAAAGGAAAAGAAAAGAAAGACGAACUUGCGCAAUUUUCAUAAGUCCACUUUAUCUUUGACGAGAGAUGUCUGACAGUAUGGAGCGAGAGAAAAGUGAAAGGUUAACUGCGAGGGAAAUCGAGGAAGAGGAAAUGAAACGUGAACUUACGGGUAUUGGAAUAUACGAGCCAGGAUUUACUUAUAAAGAAAUGAAAAGACUACUCGAAUUUGUUAACGAAUCUCAAGAUACAUCGAACGUUACUUCCAAUAAUAAAAAUACGCAGCAGGCAAUACAACAUUCCGAUAAUGAAUGCCUAUCAGAUGUUACAUCUGACAUAAACGUGCAGCAAGAAGUGACUUUGAAGAAGUGUACAGAAAUGCCAAAACCAUCAUACUCGUACAAAUUGAAUCAUACGUCUCCAACUAUGCACGAACGUAGAGCCGUUCAUUAUAUCAACAGUCCGGAAUUUUCCCUUUUUGAAGUACGAAGCCCUAUUUAUCACUCUGACAAUGAUGAGCAAUUCGAAAAACAAUACGAUAACUCCAAUUCGCACACUACAAAUCAAUAUUUCUCGUUGAGAUUGGAAAAUAUUUCGCGAGGAUGCCAGAAUGUGACGGAGAAAAGAUUGGCGCAGGAUACACAAAGUGAAAUUGUCCAAAAGCUAGAAAGAUGGCGAUUGAAUCCGCUCGAUGUUUGCAUCAACGAAAACGACGUGCCUUUGCGACAGCCAAAUAGAUCUUUAGCUCGAGAGCGUAUGCCAUUUGAGCAUUGUAAAGAAGCGCACAUGUCCGAUCAGUGUGAUCGAGUAAUACGAUCUGUGAACCAGCAUUUGAAGGAAAUGGCAAACUUGUGGUACAGUUGGCGCCCCAUUAUCAGUCCGAUAUUUCAAUGGGGGUCACCCAUUCAGGUCAGCACCGCUAACAGUAGUUCGGAUAAAAAACCAUUAACAAAUCCUAAAACUGAACAGAUCCAAGCAGAAUGUACACAUCGAGACGGUUAUGAGCGAGCUAGUAAACGUAAGGCGAAUACUCUCAUCGCUACUCUGAAUAGAGACAGUUCUUCUGAGAACGAAGACGACAAUCAAUACGACUUUACUCGUAAUAAAAAAAAGAGAAUUCAAUUGAAUGAUAAAUCGAAUAAUGUAGAAUAUGUUGAUAAUCAGCAUGCGCAUGCUAGUUAUAAGAAAGAAAACGUGAUUGCAGGUAAUUCUUUCAGCGAUGAUAAUAGCAACACGAAUAUUGACAAUGAGACAAAUAUUAAACAUUCACGCUCGCCUGAAUUAACCGCGUAUCCUAGAAGAAUAAGACCUCCCAAUCCUCAAACGCGUUUAAGUCUGGUUAGAAAAAGAAAGGAAAAUGCUACAUCGAAAUUAUUUCCAAAGACGCGAUGUGAGAGUGAAAAUGUUGAACAGGAAAUCAAAAGAAAUCAAAAGAAAGACAAUACAAUGACAGAAGAAGAAAUUCGUUGUCAACUAGAAGAAGAUUGGAGUAAUGACGAGAAAAAAGUGUGUGUGGGGGAAAAGGAUGCGAAGUUUCGGCCGAUAUUGAAAGAAGUGCGAUUACGAGACAAACGGUUGUCUUUAAACAAAAAAGCGAAAGAGGCGCGAGCAGCGGUGAAGGAGGAGAAAAGCGAUGAGGAGCAAAAUAACAUAAAGAGAGUGAAGCUUUGCGAACGACGAAAGGUAGAAGAAUUAUGUAGGAUAGAUAAUAGAAACGGAAGUUGGGAGCAUGAACUAUUGUCUGAUGAGGACAAAUCAUCUGAGAUGAAUCAACAGUUUGAUUUUCAGAAUGGUAAUCGAUCCGAUAAUGUACCGACAAAUAAUGUAAAUUGUCCUAUAUGCAAUAAAUGUUUUCCACAUAACGAGAUAGAGAAUCAUGCCGCCGAUUGCGAACAAUUCGAGAUUAAUAACGAAGAGGAUGAUAAUGACAGAUUUCAAUUCAAAUGUAAUAUAUGCAGCAAUUACAAGACAAACAAUGGAAAAGAAUAUGAAGAACAUGUUUAUCAGUGCAUAAAUAUUAAGAAUAAUCAAAGACAUUCACAUGGUUUUUAAGAUCGAAGAUUUCGAAUUUCUAGUCGGAAUUUCAAAAUUUACCAGUACAGAGGAGCGUGUGGAUUUUAAGUGAUUCGAAGAGGGGUCAUUGAAUUUAUGCAGGGGUCAUUGAAUUUAUCUUUUUCCUUAAACUCAGCUUUACUCGCUGAGAAACAAAAUGAAAAUAGUUGUAGUAUCCGGGAAAUAUAAUUUUGGGACAACAGAA